AUGUUGAACUUUAGCAAAUGGCCUCUGCUCCUGUUGUUGAGCACAGAGGAACUUGCCACCAUCCAACAGGUAUUUGUGUUUGGCUUGAACUGCAGUAGCUGCCUUGGAACAGGAGACGGUUUAAGCACCAUUGUGCCGAAGCAACUGAGAUGCCUGGAGGGGAAAAAGGUGGUUAGCUUGAGUUAUGGCAGUGGGCCGCACAUCCUACUGGCAACAGAGGAUGGGAAGCUAUUUGCUUGUGGGCACAAUGGUUUCUACCAACUGGGGGUCGGGACGGCACGCUACGAGCUGUCCAAGGUGCUGGUCACUGUCGACGUUCAGAACAAGAAAGUCAAAGAAGUGGCAUGUGGUGCUCAUCACUCCAUGGUCCUCACGCAGGAUGGAGAGGUCUUUGCAUGGGGUUUUAAUAACUUCGGCCAGGCGCGUUCAGGUUCCCUGGCUGUCCAGCCAUUCCCCGUAAAGGUGGGCGGCUCGUUGCAGGGUAAAACGGUGAUCGGCAUCACGUGCGGACAAUCCUCUUCCAUGGCUCUGCUGGAUAACGGAGAGAUUCACGGAUGGGGCAACAAUAGCAACGGGCAGCUGGGUGUUGGUAACAACAGACAUGAGCUGAUGCCUUGCCGCCUGUCUGCUCUGCAGGAGUCUUGUAUAAAGCAGGUCGUGUCAGGCUAUGACCACUCCCUCGCUGUAACAGAUAAAGGACUGCUUUAUUCAUGGGGCGCAAACACUUUUGGACAGCUGGGAAUUGGUGACAAGAACAAUUGUUUUAGCCCAGUGCAAGUUAUGGCUGAUGAAGAGAGGUUUGUCGAGGUGGCCGCGUGCCAUUCCACCAACACGUCAGCGGCCAAGACGCAGAGCGGCCGGGUGUAUAUGUGGGGUCAGUGUCGGGGUCAAGCCGUCGUCAUGCCGCGCCUCACCUACUUCACCAACACGGAUGAGGUGUUUGCCUGUUACGCGUCCCCCCCGGUCAUGUGGAGGCUGGUGUCAGUGGAGCACGACGACUUCCUGACAGUCGCAGAGGGGCUGAAGAAAGAAUUUGACAGUCCAGAAACGGCAGACCUCAAGUUUAUCGUCGAAGGCAAAUGCAUCCACGUUCACAAAGCUGUGCUCAAGAUCAGGUGUGUGAGCAAAGACAAAAAACAAAACAAAAAUGAAGGUACUCCUCACUGCGCAAAUGUUUUCAAGGUGUGA